AUGGCAAGAGACAGCAUACUCCUGACGUACAUGGCGAUGGAUGCCGCGUUCGUGAUAUCCGGUGCACUUAUACUCAUCUUCGCCCUGGUUACGAAGGCAGAGAUCGCAUCAGGGCCAACGGCAGACAGAGUUGCGAGGGAUCUCUUGUUCGACAUGUGUCCUUUAAAUGCUGCAAUCGGAAACGCAGUCAUAGUGUUCAUCACUUUCCUCCUGACGGUACCCGCGAUAGUUAUGCCGAUGACUCGAGGAUGGUUGAAGCUUAGUGGAUAUAUGAUGGUUGUGUGUGGAUUCUUCACCAUGAUUAUCGGUCUGGAUAUUUGGUUUGAGACGUUGAAGACAAGGGAGAACCUCUUCGUUAUUUGGAAGAAGCAACCUUCAACAACCCAGAGUCUGCUUCAACAAGAAUUCCUCUGCUGUGGGUACAUGAAUAGUACCUCACCACCAUUCGUGGUCGACACUACUUGCCCGAACGCCCUCGUCGCAGCAGCCCAAGGAGGAUGUGUCGGACCACUCGCCGCAUACGCCAACAACUUCCUAGAUGUCAUCUUCACAGGCGCAUUCGGUAUUGUCGGUGUGGAUGUCGCUCUGAUCAUCAUGACAGCAAUCUUACUCAAGGACCGCAAGGAGAAGGAAAGGUAUCGACAUAUCGAUGAGAAGAGUGGUGCGGGAGCUUUCUAG